AUGGAAGUUGAGAAUGGUUGUGCUUGGAAGCCAAAACAGGGAAUGACAUUUGAUUCGAAACAAGGUGCAUAUGAUUUUUAUAAUGCAUAUGGAGGAAGAAUGAGGUUUAACAUAAGAAUGGAUUAUUCUAAGAAGAACAAAUUCACUAACCAACUUAUUUGUAGACUUUUGGUUUGCAGCAAGGAGGGAUUUCGGAAGGUUGACAAGCGAGAUCCAUUGUCAAAAAACCCUAGAGCUGAAACUAGGACUGGUUAUGAGGCUCGACUUUAUGUUAAGUUAGAUGAGUGUACUGGGAAAUUUGUUGUGACUGAUUUCAAAGAAAAACACAACCAUGAUCUUCUAUCACUCGAGUGUGCCCACAUGUUGCCGUCACAAAGAAAGACAUCGGCUACCCAAGCAAUUGAGUUAGAAUUGGCAAUACAAUCUGGUCUUUAUUUAGGCCAGUCUUUUGAACUCAUGGGUAGGGAAGUUGGUGAUAAUGAGGAACAAAUUACGAAUAUGUUUUGGGCCGAUGCACAAAUGAUCAUGGAUUAUGCCCAAUUUGGUGAUGUCGUCACAUUUGAUACGACUUACAAGUUAAAUAAAGAACAUAGACCAUUUGCAUCUUUUGUGGGAUUUAACCAUCAUAGGAAAAUAGUUAUAUUUGGUGCAUCCUUGUUGUAUGAUGAGACUGUCAAAUCAUUUAUUUUUGAGGAAUUCCAAAAUGAGUACUUUCGAUCCAUUGAAUCAGACAUAGAAGCAAUUGAAUAUGGCGAGGCUAGUACUAUUUUCACAGUUGUUGAUGUUCUAAGAGACAUAUUGAGGAUGAAAGAAGUUCCUUCACAAUACAUUGCAAAGAGGUGGACCAAACAAGCAAGAGCUGAAACUGUGAAGGACAUUACGGGGAAUGACAUUCAAGUUGAUGUAAAAUUCCAAUAA